AUGGACGUUGGAGCAAUCAAUAAAAGUCUCCUCAAAGCCGUCGAAGAGGAAGAUUUACCUCAAGUUCGGAGUAUUAUUUUUGGUAUCCCAGAAUCAAGCAAAGGUCAGGACUGGUCUUUUCUGUCACGAGAGCCAGUGCUGCUCGCCUGUAACAAAGGAGACGUAGGCAUUGUGGAGUUCUUACUCAAACAGUGCCAACAGGAGAACUUUACCGAUCUCUCAAGACGAAUCACGUUACUUCAUCGAGCAGUUCAAGGAGAAGGACUGAAUCAUUGUAACACAGUCGAGCUUUUACUUGGAUUUGCUGCUGGCGACGGCGGUGCAGAAGCAGUGAAAAAGUAUGUCAAUAUCCAGGACCACGAAGGGAAAACGGCACUUUAUCAUGUAGCUGCAGAGGGCGACUAUACGAUGCUUAGUAUCCUAUUCGAAGCAGGUGCGGAAGUCACUAUCAGAGACGAAAGAGACCUCUUGCCCGCCCAUAUCGCUUGCAUAGCAAAAAAAUACGAGACGAUGAGAUGGCUGUUUCAGAAUGAUCAAAUGGGUAUAACUGAAAUCAUGAAUCACGAGCGGAUUGUAGGAACCACUUGUCUUCAUCUGGUCUCAAAGAGAAACUGUGGAAUGGCACUUGGCUACCUCCUUGAUUUGAUUCAAGACGAACAAAUCAUGGCAAAAGACAGCAACGGCAUGUCUGUAUGGGAGGUAGCAUGCGGGGGGGCCAGCCGCUCGUUCUGUCCAAGUUUAGUAAAGCCCCUGCCAAAAGAGAUGAUUCGAAAGCCUAAGGCAUCGGGGAAGUGUGUUCGGCCGCAAGAUCCCUCUAGGCUAGGUUCGAUGGGAUUAGCAAAACCUGAAACCGACCAGGGGACACCCACAGAUAGUGAAAUGACUCAAGAGUUUCCCAUUAAUCUGGAAGCAGCGAGUGUACUUGUUUUCAACGAAUAUAGGGCUCCCUGGGACUACAGCCAAUUUGAUUGGAAGGAAUAUUCUUUUCCUGGAAUAACUUGCUAUUCCUUUCUACUGAAUCAUGCUUUGUUCGGAAAACUUCUGAUUGAAGAUCGUAUCAAAACUCGGGACAUGAACAGAUUCAUAGAAGGGUUUCAGUAUGAGCAGUAUAUCCGGGACCAAGAUGAAAAAGGACCUGCAGUCCUGAAGCUUCGAGAGCCUUCCUGUACUGUGACUCAUGGCGGAGGUUCAAAAUCUUUCACAAUUGCGAUGCCGUACUUCAAGGUACUCGAACAAGAUCGAGUCUUGAAAUGGAGGCAUUCGGCCGGAUCACUAGAAUCUCUCAAAGCGCCAUAUUUACCACUAACGCUUGACGAGUACUGCUGCCCUGCGUUACCAAAAUCGAUGUUGGAUCGUCGGAAUCGAGAUCAAGUACUCGCCAAGGCCGGAAGUACAGACUCAUAUCCAAAGGAGCUUGUUACAGUGUGUCAACUGUGGGUUUUGCAAUGCGAAAAUGGGCUCAUAGUUGCACACGAACCGGACGAAAAAAUAGGUACUGAUAGUUCAGGGCUAGACUUCCCCUUAUGGGGACACGACUGCCUGACGGGGGACGCUAAGCGGUAUAUUGGUAUCAUGCUGUCUCAUUUCGUGGACAGUCUCGACCGUCCUUCUGAAACAGGCUCAGGAAAUCCCAUUCUCCACACAUUUGAGAAUUUCAUCGCCUCAUGUGCUCAUGCUGUAGAUGAGUACAGCAGGGGAGACGAUUUGAAGAAGCUUGACAUUGACAAGGAAAAGAAAUUUCUGCACGACAUUGAUGAUAUACGAGGAGAAUUGGGGAUGAUCAAACGCGUCAUCCUGCAGCAAGAGGAGGUCUGGAAAUUUUUUGCAAGCAACGCUUGGCCAGAACACUGGUCAAGUGGUGCAGAAGGGCGCAUGGUCGUAAAAGACGACGAAGGGAGAUCUAUCGAAGAAGAGGAUGAAUGGCAGCUUAUUCUACGCGCGCAGACUCAGUUCGAUCGAUUUCGACGUCGAAUCGCGCAAUUGGAUGAAGACGCCGCCCGUAUGGAGAAAUCCAUAAUAGCCAAACUGGACCUGAAGCAGAAACACGCAAGCCUUCAAGAGUCGCAUGCAACAGCCGUCAUGAGCGCAGCAGUUCUCGGCUUCACAGUCAUAACCAUCAUUUUCACCCCCUUGUCCUUUCUCACUAGCUUGUUUGCUCUUUCAAUCGACCGUUUCCAACGGAACCAGGUCGACUACUACAUACCCAAUCGUGAGAACGAAGUCGACUUCAGCAAUCGAACCCGAGUUUAUACGACAAAUUACAUUGGGAAAUGGGCUGCUACCACAGAACUUGCAUCUAUCGCUGUAGCCCUGCUCUCCAUGUGGCUUGUCAUUGAAUACGGCAUGGAUGUGCCCGUGUUGCGGCACAGUGCAACGCGGUUGGUGGGCUUGCCAAAGCGGAUAUGGGAAUCCAAGUUUGUGACAAAAGUGAGUGAACGAAUUAAACUUAAAGGGCUCCGAAAACAGAAGGGAUCUAUACCUGUUUUUGUGCGUAAACCACCUGCAAUCUGGCUCAAGAAGUCCAGGCGCAGGUAG